AUGACAAAACAUCUCUCAUCUAUCCCUAAACAAAACCAACCCCUUCGCCUCUACGUCCCCUUUAACAUCCCAAAAAAGAACAAAAAACCUAGCAAAAAGAUUACAUUCCGAAUCCGGGAGUCGAACCCGGCCCGGCCCGGACCUCGUCAAACCAUUGCUGAUUCUUGA